CCCCCGCCCGCCCUCUCACCAUCAGUCUGUUCCUCUCUUCUUUCCCUUACUCAUCGUUUAUGUGGCGGCGCCGGGGAGGAAGGACACCUGCCGCUCCCUCAUGAUUCAGCCUUUCUGCUGCCGGGAGCUUGACGGACAGACGAGGCAGCAUGUCCCUCCCGCCACUGCAGUGCCUGCCCGUCCUGUCCUCUACACUUUUGCCACUGCAGUCGCGGCCGGCCCACCGCCACGCCGUUUCCGUCAUCCAAGCGCUCAGGUGAGUGAGCUCCGGUCCUUCUGCCACUCCUUAAACAUCCAAUACAUUCUAAGCAAUGUCUUCUCCUCUCACCUGCAGUAUAUCUGAAAAUCCCAAUUUUAUACGUUGCUUGGGGAGUACGGAACUCCAUUAAAAGGCUGUCCGGACAAGGUCAGAAUCACUACCGAGAGCGUUAUCGCACUUUUCCUUUCCCCGGCUGGCUUCUCUGCGUAAUGGACAACAUACUUAAAGUGACCGGCGGCGGACAGCUGCUCUGGGAUGCUCUGAGUUAAGUCGUUCAGAGAUCCGGCGUCCGGCGGUUGUAAAACGACAGGAUGACUGAGGGAAUGGAGGAUGUUUCCGCAGGGCCCGCUCGCCCGCCCGACUCCACCGUUGAUACCGGACAAGUCCCGGAGGAGAAACCCGAGGAGACGGAGUUAGCCGGAGAGAACGGGCAGGAGGUUUCAGAGGUAACUCCGGCGAGAGGAGAAGAAGAUGACGAGGAGGAGGAUGAGGGUGAGGGUGAGGGGGAGCAUCCUGAAGCUUUGGGAGUUCUAGCUCUGCCCGGGACCUGCUGUGUGUGCAUAGAAAUGGAACAUAUUAGCAAUUGCCUGCAUUCUGAAAAAAUCUGCAUCCUGCCCAUCGUAGCCUGUUUACUCAGUUUAGCUCUGUGCACAGUUGGACUCAAAUGGGUAUUUGCCGAUAAGAUCUUCGAGUACGACCCCCCCACUCAUUCAGACCCUAAACCCAUAGGACAGGACCCUAUUAUCAUAUCGGCAGAUCCCACACUGGGAAUACCUGUGUCAAUUCCUCAGUCGACUCCCCCUUCUGUUUCUCUGACCACCGCUGUUUCUCCGACCUCGGUGCGUCCCGAGGUCUUAAACGUGGAGACAUCUACGAAAGGUUCAAGUGCGCCUACACGAGGAACUCCAUCAGAGCCCUCUGUCACAUUGACAUCCACCGCCGAACUUCCCACCAUUCCAAAGCAGACCCCUCGCCGUCUGACUACGCAGGAAGUGAACAACGUUGCCGUCCCAACAACACCUUCCACCAGCAGCACCACCACCAGAGUCAAGACCUCCAGUCAUGUGACACGCUGUAGUGACAGCCAGAAGAACUACUGCGUUAACGGAGGAGAGUGCUUUACCCUUGAACUACCAGGCAGCACAAAGUUCUUGUGCAGGUGCUUGACCGGAUUCACUGGGCACCGAUGUGAACAAGCUGUGCUUAAGAAAGUCUCAAUCCCGAAACAAGCCGAGGAGCUGUAUCAGAAACGUAUUUUAACGAUAACAGGAAUCUGCAUCGCGCUCCUAGUCGUUGGAAUCAUGUGUGUGGUUGCCUACUGCAAAACAAAGCAUCAGAGGAAAAAACUCCACGAGCGCCUCAGGCAGAACCUGAGGAAGAAGAAGAAGAACAAGCUGGAGAAAUCAGCCAGCAGACGCCAGGUCUCCAAUUUGCCUCUUCAAGAUUUGCUGCAAACCAAUCAGUGCAAUGGGACAACAGUCCAGCAUGCCGCUGAGAAAGAGACGGAAACAACAUUCUCCACAAGCAAGUACGCCUUAUCAACAGCAGACCCGACCACACUCACCCACAUCUCCAGCCAAAGCCUCUUGGCAACUUCAGGCUCUCCUCCGUCAGAGAUGUCAGCUCUUCUCUCCUCCCAGCCCCUCUCCGUGCCCUCGGUCGCUGUCAGCCCCCCGAGAGAGGAGAGGCACCCUUUGCUGUUGUCCAAGACGUGUCGGCCAACUAAGUCCUUGCGGGGAGACGACACCUCCGCGCAUUACAACCACGGCCAUGAAGCGCACAGCUUACCGCCCAGCCCGCUGUGCGCCACGAGGAAUGAUAACUACCAUGUGACUACUGCAGCGGGCCGUAUCAUCUCAGCAUCCACUGAGAAGCUGAUGAAUGCAAACAACAAUAUUCAUAAGUACAGCACCACAGGGGCCACGGUUAUUAACGGCCAUGUUCUGACACGAAAAGAGUCCAGUAUUGACAGCAUACUGGAAAGUGAAACAGAGAUUCUAAAAGGGGAUCAGACGCCUUUUUUUUUUUCUAGGGAAAACGCUAAAGCCCUGCUCGUCAGGCUUAAGGACAGCGGUUAGACCAGACCUGGGCAAAUUAAGGCCCGGGGGCCACAUGCGGCCCGUUAAGCUUUUCAAUCUGGCCUGCCGGAAAUUCCCAAAUAUUUUUUUUAGAUCUGUAAGAUGGAAAAUGUAGCUGCCUUUAUGAUAGUCUGGGAGCUGGGUGAAGUUUAAUUAACAUGGAAGGUACAAAAGGUUGGAGGUUAGUGAGGUGUAGUACCACUCGGACUUUACACAAAACAGCCACAUUCCGGAAGUGGUGGAUAUGAUAGGGGGCGCCACCCAAAAAAAAAAAAAUUGGAUUUUAGAUUUUAGAUUUAGAUUCAUUAAAUUCAUUUUCACUGCCAUACAUUUAAACAUAUAGACAUUGCACAUCACAAAACAAAAAUAACAAAAAGACAUCAUACAUGACCAACACAUUUACAGUCUUUAUCAGACGGGUCAGCCAGUGAGGUGUAGUACCAUUCAGACUUUACACAAAACAGCCAUUCUUACAUUCCGGAAGUGGUGGAUGUGAUAGGGGGCGCCACCCAAAAAAAAAAUAAUUGGAUUUUAGAUUUAGAUUUAUUAAAUUCAUUUUCACUGCCGUACAUUUAAACAUAUAGACAUUGCACAUCACAAAACAAAAAUAACAAAAAGACAUCAUACAUGACCAACACAUUUACAGGCUUUAUCAGACGGGUCAGCCAGUGAGGUGUAGUACCACUCAGACUUUACACAAAACAGCCAUUCUUACAUUCCGGAAGUGGUGGAUGUGAAAGGGGGCGCCACCCAAAAAAAAAAAAAAAAAAGAUUUUAGAUUAUUCCAUCCAUCCAUUUUCUACCGCUUAUUCCCUUUUGGGGUCGCGAGGGGCGCUGGCGCCUAGCUCAGCUACAAUCGGGCGGAAGGCGGGGUACACCCUGGACAAGUCGCCACCUCAUCGCAGGGCCAACACAGAUAGACAGACAACUUUCACACUCACAUUCCCACACUAGGGCCAAUUUAGUGUUGCCAAUCAACCUAUCCCCAGGUGCAUGUCUUUGGAAGUGGGAGGAAGCCGGAGUACCUGGAGGGAACCCACGCAUUCAUGGGGAGAACAUGCAAACUCCACACAGAAAGAUCCCAAGCCUGGAUUUGAACCCAGGACUGCAGGAACUUCGUAUUGUGAGGCAGACGCACUAACCCCUCUUCCACCGUGAAGCCCGAUUUUAGAUUCAGAUUUAUUAAAUUAAUUUCCACUGCUGUACAUUUAAACAUAUAGACAUUGCACAUCACAAAACAAAAAUAACAAAAAGACAUCAUACAUCCAUCCAUCCAUUUUCUACCGCUUAUUCCCUUUCGGGGUCACGGGGGGCGCUGGCGCCUAUCUCAGCUACAAUCGGGGGUGACCAACACAUUUACAGGCUUUAUCAGACGGGUCGGCCAGGCCUGCUGUUUAGGGCGGCUAUAGGUGCAGAGAUAAGGCUUUUCCUGAGGCGGGCCCUCCGGAAUUUGAUUGUUCUGUAACUGCCCCCUGAUGGUAGUGGGAUUAUGUAUUUGUGUAGCGGGUGACUGAUAUCCUGGACUAUUGUGUUUGCCAGUCGAGUGAUGGACCUGUGGUUUAAAUCGGAAACGUUUGGUGUGGGUAUGCCGAGGAUUUUAGCUACUAUGUUUGUAAUGCGUGUGAGUUUGGUACGGUUGGUUACAGAAAGCAUGGUGAAAAAACAUGUGGAACAGUACAUAAGGAUGGGUUGAACAAUGCUUUGGUAAAGUAAUAGCAGGAGAUGAGGUGCAACGUAUUGUCCUUUGAGUUUUCGGAUGGCUGACAGUCUUUGUUGACUUCUUUUUUUCAUUGGAUUUAAUUAACAUGAAAGGUACAAGUUUCAUUUCUGUGCCAAAUGUUUAUGGGCACCCCACUGAAUCCAAAUCUGCAACGUAAGAAUGGAAUUUCUGGUGGAAUGAUCACUUAAGAACGAGGUUAAUUAGCGUUAAUUAAGGUUUUAAUUAACAUGAAAGGUACAAGUAUGGAACCAAAUCUGAAAUGUUGAGGGUGGUUGCCUGGUUCAGAAUCAAUGGAGUAAGAAUGACAAUUGUGGUGGAAAGGUCACAUAAGAACAGGUCAAAGGUCAGUAAAUAAGUCAGACACUAAUUAAAGUUGCCAUAUCUUUUGAAGUUAAUCAUACACCAUGUUGAAUUUGAUCUUAAAAUAAAGGCGGGGUAAAGAAGUACCACUCGGAUGCCAACAAGUCUCAGAUUGUUACUUCUAACUGGGUCAAAUGUGUUUUUUUUUUGGGUGGCACCCCCUAUCACAUCCACCACUUCCGGAACAUAAGAAUGGCUAUUUUGUGUAAAGUCUGAGUGGUACUACACCUCACUAACCUCCAACCUUUUGUGCCUUCCAUGUUAAUUAAACUUCACCCAGCUCCCAGACUAUGAUGUGCAGUGAUGUUUUCUAACGACUGUGAGUCUUGAACUAUACAAAGUACAAAGCCCGUUUCCAUAUGAGUUGGGAAAUUGUGUUAGAUGUAAAUAUAAACGGAAUACAAUGAUUUGCAAAUCAUUUUUAACCCAUAUUCAGUUGAAUAUGCGACAAAGACAAAAUAUUUGAUGUUCAAACUGAUAAACAUUUUUUUUUGUGCAAAUAAUCAUUAACUUUAGAAUUUGAUGCCAGCAACACAUGACAAAGAAGUUGGGAAAGGUGGCAAUAAAUGCUGAUAAAGUUGAGGAAUGCUCAUCAAACACUUAUUUGGAACAUCCCACAGACGUGCAGGCUAAUUGGGAACAGGUGGGUGCCAUGAUUGGGUAUAAAAACAGCUUCCCAAAAAAUGCUCAGUCUUUCACAAGAAAGGAUGGGGCGAGGUACACCCCUUUGUCCACAACUGCGUGAGCAAAUAGUCAAACAGUUUAAGACCAACGUUUCUCAAAGUGCAAUUGCAAGAAAUUUAGGGAUUUCAACAUCUACGGUCCAUAAUAUCAUCAAAAGGUUCAGAGAAUAUAGAGAAAUCACUUCACGUAAGCGGCAUGGCCGGAAACCAACAUUGAAUGACCGUGACCUUCGAUCCCUCAGACGGCACUGUAUCAAAAACCGACAUCAAUCUCUAAAGGAUAUCACCAAUUGGGCUCAGGAACACUUCAGAAAACCCCUGUCACUAAAUACAGUUUGUCACUAUAACUGUAAGUGCAAGUUAAAGCUCUACUAUGCAAAGAGAAAGCCAGUUAUCAACAACAUCCAGAAACGCCGCCGGCUUCUCUGCGGGCCCGAGACAAUCUAAGAUGGACUGAUGCAAAGUGGAAAAGUGUUCUGUGGUCUGACGAGUCCACAUUUCAAUUUGUUUUUGGAACUCUUUGACAUCGGGGAAGCGAACCAUCCAGACUGUUAUCGACGCAAAGUUCAAAACCCAGCAUCUGUGAGGGUAUGGGGGUGCAUUAGUGCCCAAAGCACGGGUAACUUACACAUCUGUGAAGGCACCAUUAAUGCUAAAAGGUCAGGUUUUGGAACAACAUAAGCGCCGUCUUUUUCAUGGACGCCCCUGCUUGUUUCAGCAAGACAAUGCCAAGUCACAUUCAGCACGUGUUACAACAGCGUGGCUUCGUAAAAAAAAGAGUGCGGGUACUUUCCUGGCCCGCCUGCAGUCCAGACUAGUCUCGCAUCGAAAAUAUUUGGCGCAUUAUGAAGCGUAAAAUACGACAGCGGAGACCCCGGACUGUUGAACGACUGAAGCUCUACAUAAAACAAGAAUGGGAAAGAAUUCCACUUUCAAAGCUUCAACAAUUAGUUUCCUCAGUUCCCAAACGUUUAUUGAGUGUUGUAAAAAGAAAAAGUGAUGUAACACAGUGGUGAACAUGCCCUUUCCAAAUUACUUUUGCACUUGUUGCAGCCAUGAAAUUCUAAGUUAAUCAUUAUAUGCAAAAACAAAAUACAGUUGAUGAGUUUGAACAUCAAAUAUCUUGUCUUUGUAGUGCAUUCAACUGAAUAUGAGUUGAAAAGGAUUUGCAAAUCAUUGUAUUCCGUUUAUAUUUACAUCCAACACAAUUUCCCAACUCAUAUGGAAACGGGGUUUGUAUUUCAUUAGUUGGAAUCUGCGCUUAUGGAUGAUAUACCAGUUACAAUGGUAAUUUAAUUAGUUACUAUUGUAAUGUAAUUAGUUACUAUGGUAAUGUAAGUCACAGCAGCUCAGACGAGGCACCAAGCAGUGUGGGCGGGGAGUGUUUCCACAAACGCGGAAAGAGAUUUUCACAAUAAAGUUCUAAAGUUUAGUGAUGUAUUAGAUACAUCAGAUUGUAGGUGGGUUUAUUUUGUACCCUUCGCGUUCAUAUUUCACUGCUUGUUGCAUUUUUGUUUGCGUUUCACUUGAUGGUAAAAUGUGUCGACGGAAAGGGGGUGUGACGUUCAUAUUAUGUCAAUAUUCAGUGUUUUAUGCUUCAUAGAAAAAUGUAGAAUUCCAUUAUGUUUUUUUUAAGGCGGUCUGUCAUAACGUUUUUUAGCAUUCAAUCAGACAUUAUUGUGAAGUUUUGUAUUAGUGUUCAUAAAAAUAGAUAUACCGGCCCCCAGGCACAUUUUUUUUUUCUCUAAAUGUGGCCCCUGAGUCAAAAUAAUUGCCCAGGCCUGGGUUAGACUAAGGUGGUCUCACUUGAAUGGUGACAAGAACGCUGUAAAAAAAAAAUAAUAAUAACAAUGAAAAAAAAAAACAUGCUUGUUUAGGGAAAAAAAAUAGUCACUAAUUAUCUUUAUUUUAGAUAAAUUUACCGUUUAAAGACACCUAAUGAUGUAGUGAACAUAGAGUUUUAUAAAUAAAAAAAAUCUUGUCUUGUAGAUGAAGUGCCAUACACAAGUAUGUAGCAGCUGCGUAUAUUAGCGUGUAAAAAAUAAUAAUAAUAAUAAUAACAAUGGUGCCUUUCUGUUGGGUAUGCUCGCAUACAGGGCCAUGUAUUCACCAUCUUAAUGUUCUCAUCAAGAAUAAUGCACUGGCUGCCUUUCAAUGUGUCGUCGUUUGACCGACAUGACAGUUUGGUACCAAAGUUGGAAGUGCAUGCGACGUCCUCCAAAUGCUGUCCUGGAAUCUCAAGCUGUUUAUGUCUUCAAGCCAUCUCUCACCUGCCUGGUCAAUCAUCGGACGUCCGUCGUUUGAAAAGAAAUACGGGACUGCAACGCCGACUGGACUGAUGUUCAAUGAGGGAGUAAAUAAGCCAGAAAUAAUGGAUGGAAUACACUACUGACGACGCAUAAAAGCUGAAAAAAAAGAAUACUAUCAGUACAAUCUGCCUUUUAGAAAUCACUAAUAGGUUUUCUUCACCCUCGAUUUCAGCCAUUCGAGAACUAUGAUCACAUUCUUCAAUCAGAUAUACGGAAAAUGAUUAUUCAGUUUUACUAAAAGCCUCUUUGAGGAAAUAUGUUGUUUGUUCUAAUGAUGAAUAAAUAUAUGACUCUUGGUUUUCUUUUUAAA